CGACGAAUAAAUUUCUUGCACGUGAUAUCUCGUGACCGGUAGCAGGCUGCUGAAGUCAUAGAGAUACGACGUUUUCUAUAUUUUCCGUCUAUUUUUAUUAGAAAAAUUCAAUUUUCCGUAGUCAUUAAACAGAUCAUGAAAGACAAAGUUCUAUUAUUGCUUUGUCUUCUUUCCUUCACUGUUUCUAUAAAUGGAGAAAUUGAUAUAGAUGUAAAUGAUCACAAUUAUACAGAUCCAUAUGGCGUGUUUAAUGUUAACCCAGAUGGUUCUGUUAACCCUGGCGUUAAUUGGACAGGAAAAAUAAUUUCACAUGAUUCAGUUAAUAUUUUAAUUGUCAUGGAAGAUAUGCUUUUAGAUGUAGCAGAUAAAUUUACUAUUACUAAUGAAGAUGAUGAUAAACCUUUAUUUAAUUUUCAUGAUAAUAUAGCUCCAUUUUCUGUGCUUAUUAAAGCAAAACAAAUUAAAAUAACUGUUAAUACAUCUAAUAGUAAAGUUAGAAGAACAUUUAGAGGAUAUUAUAAUAUGGAAGAAUGUAAGUAUGUCAUUGAAAAAGAUUCUGGAUUUAUGUCUACUCCUUUAUAUGGAACUACUGCUAAUUGUUCGUUUAUAUUAAGUCCUUCUCAGACUUAUUAUUCAAAACGUAGCAUUACGUUUCUCAAUGCUCUUUCUAAUCAGAAAAUUUACAUAAGUGGUUCUGGCUCUCAAGAUUCUGCUUAUUCAGGCAAUGAAAACGUUUCCGAGAUUAUUGGAAAAGAUACAGACGCAAAUUUAACUUUGACAAUUGAAGUUAACAAAACAAAAACUCAGAAACUGUUUUUUGCAUAUGAAAAUGUACAAAAUGGAAGUGAAUUUAUUAACUUGAGAGGAAAUCAAACAGUUAAGGAUUUAGUCUACAAUUCGUCGGAAGUUUCGUCAUUUCAAGAACAACCCUCGGAGAUCCACUGGAUUAUUGAAAGUGAAGAGAAAACGGUUAUAUCUUUGCAGUUUAUGAAUCUUUCGUUGACAAAUGGAGCACAGAUUCUUGUCAGUGACGGGAAUAGUAAAUUAGCACAGCCAAUCAGACAGAUUUCAUCACUCGAUUAUAAUAAACUUGAAGGUACUUACAUUUUGUCUACCGGAACAUUUUUGAGGAUAGCACUUACUCCAUUUAAUGGAAAAAUUGUUGUGAAUGCACAAGUUAGAAGCCAUGAUCAGGGUGGUUAUUUCCAGAAUAAAGGUGAACUACACUUUUCUAAGAGUAAAGAAGACAUAAUUUAUCUGUUGGAAGUUAACGAAAAUGAAAACGUUGUUCUGGAAAGUCAAAAUGGAAAUCCAUUGACGGUUCCCCUUUAUGUUUAUAACGAUUUUUCGGUCUCGUCUAAAUUACUGUUUACUCUAAAAGGAGAUAUUCCAAAUUACCCGAUCGUGUCAGAUACUUCCAAAAUGAUGAUAAUUGCAAAGAAUUUUAACGACACUGCAACUUAUAAAGCAAAUUUUAAAGGAAUCCCUAAGGGCUGUUACCGAAUGACAUCGCAACCCAGUUACGAUUAUGUCAUUAGCGGUAACUGUCAGCAGGAAUGCAAGUGGACCACCUUACCAGAUAACAACUACGAAACUAUAUCAUUACAUAUGCAUUUAUUAAAUUUUGAUGCAAAAGAUAUUUUGACAAUCAGUCUUUUGGAUAAAGAUAACACUAAAGUUCUAGACAUAAGGACAAAAGAAACUAUUCCGGAAUUGUACUUACCCGCAAAAGUGGGAUUCGUAAUGACCACCAAAAAUGUUAACUGCAACGCAUCCAAUUCGUUACUUCAUGUAAAUUACGAGAAGUUAAAUGGAUGUGACAAAAAAAUAGAACAGCUUUCACCGGGACAGAUGUUGCAAAUUACUUCUCCUAAUUACCCCAACACCUAUCCACUACUGGCAGAAUGCUGGUCUAAUUUUACUUCUAAUAACAGCAGUAAACGGCUCUAUCAUGUUGCGUUUGAUAGAUUGUCUCUCUCGUCGACUCACUGCUUGACAUUUUGGGAAGACAUUAAAGCUAAAAAUGCAACAAUGAAAACGUUUAGCGGAGUGAGUUCACCACUUCCCGACGAUUUACUGUUUCAGCCAGAUCUAGCCAUUGAAUUCAUUUCCAAACCAUGUAACGCUACAAAAAAUGUUAAUUUGGACACUGCGCAGGGAUUUGCUCUGAAUGUAACAUCUGCAGAUUGCGGAGGAACGAUAACCGCUAAGGACGGAAAUUUUAGCACUCCAAACAAAACUACCAGUUCUUAUUGUAUUUGGCAGCUUGAAGUUCCAGAAAGUGGAGAUGUUAAUCAUCCGAAUAUUAUAAAUUUCACCGUGAAGAGCGACAAUAAAGAUAAUCACUUGAAGAUUUACGAUGGCGGUUCUGUAAGAGACAUGACCAAAGAGGUUUCUUCUAAAGAGAUGUUAAGUAGAACAAAUAAGUUAAUAUUUGUUUACAACAGAACUGGUUUGCCACCAACCGACAACUUGGUGGUAAAAUUUCAUUCACAAACUUGCAACAUGACAUGCCAGAAUAAGAUGUGUCUCCACGCAGCCUGGGUGUGUAACAAUAUCAACGAGUGCGGAGAUAACACCGACGAACUGAACUGUACGGGCAGGCCCAUACCGCCCGAACCUCCGUCAACGCCCGCUCCUGCACCAUCGCACGAAGGAGGGGGAGUUUCUCCAGUUGCACUGGGGCUGGGAUUGCCCAUCGCCUUCAUUUGCGGUAUUUUGGCUGCGCUGUUCGUUCCUCCUUUAUACCGCAGAUUUCGCAGCAGCCAGUACCACCAAUUCAGGGAUAUAUCCGCAGAAGCUUGAUUUUUGUCGAGCAACCGAUAAAAUUAUGUACGUAUUGUAAAUUCCACAGUGUGGAAGACGUAAAUAACAUCAUUUGUUAUAAAACAGAAUAUUCAAAAUUAGCAUCAGUCUAAAGUAUGCUUCGCCCACAUCAAAUGUUUGCAGAUAAUAUUUAAAAUUUCCAAUUACAAUUAACUGUGAUAACCAUGGGUAUAUCUUGCGCAAAAAUCAAGUACACAAGGCCACUUAUCGGUACUUAGGGUCUAUCUUUCCGGUUUGUUUUCAGUUUGAGUUACCAAAAAAAAAUACCACGUCACGUAAGUUUAAUUUUGUUACAUCAACAUGCAGUUUUUAUAAAAACAAAAAUUUUUUUUUUCUCUGGUGAUUGUUGUUUAUAUAU